CUCUCUUCCUGCUUCCUGAGCAGUUAGCACAACAACAACAACACAGCAGGCUGAGCUCACCUGUGCUGCCGUGUGUGUGUCCCGCUUGUUACGCUCCUCUGUUACCUGCCGUCCAGGUGUGUGUGUGAGUGUGUGCGUGUUCAUGCGUGCUCAUGCGUGCCGCGCUGUGUGUCGCGCUCGCGCUCGGUCUCGUGGCCUCGCUGCUUUGCGAUGCGGCGGGACGUCAGUUCACCGAGGAGGAGAUGGCCGGCAUCCGCCAGCGGAUCAAGUCCAUGUUCUACCACGCCUACAACAGUUACCUUGACAACGCCUUCCCCUACGACGAGCUCCGCCCACUCACCUGUGACGGACAGGACACCUGGGGCAGUUUCUCCCUGACUCUGAUCGAUGCUCUCGACACUCUGCUGGUUCUGGGAAACCAGACGGAGUUCCAGCGCGUGGCGACGCUCCUGCAGGACACCGUGGACUUCGACAUCGACGUCAACGCCUCCGUCUUCGAGACCAACAUCAGAGUGGUGGGAGGUCUGCUGUCGGCCCACCUGCUCUCUGGGAGGGCGGGGCUCGAGCGGGAGAUCGGCUGGCCCUGUGCCGGACCGCUGCUGAGGAUGGCCGAGGACGCUGCCAGGAAACUGCUGCCUGCGUUCCAGACGGCGAGCGGCAUGCCGUACGGGACGGUGAACCUGCUGCACGGCGUCAGUCCCACCGAGACGCCCGUCACCUGCACCGCCGGCGUGGGCACCUUCAUCCUGGAGUUCGCCACGCUGAGCCGGCUGACCGGGGACGCCGUGUUCGAGAACGUGGCGCGCCGAGCCCUGAGAGCCCUGUGGCACACCAGAUCUGACAUCGGACUGGUGGGUAACCACAUCGACAUCAUGUCUAAGAAGUGGGUGGCGCAGGACGCCGGGAUCGGCGCCGGGAUCGACUCCUACUUUGAGUAUCUGGUGAAAGGAGCCAUCAUGCUGCAGGACGAGGAGCUGCUCGACAUGUUCCUGGAUUACGACCGAGCCAUCCAGAACUACACCCGCUUUGACGACUGGUACCUGUGGGUGCAGAUGCACAAGGGAACCGUCUCCAUGCCUGUGUUCCAGUCUCUGGAGGCCUUCUGGCCCGGGCUGCAGUCCUUGCUGGGGAACCUGGACAGCGCUGUGAGAACCUUCCAGAACUAUUACUCUGUGUGGAGGCAGUUUGGAGGCCUGCCUGAGUUCUACAGCAUCCCGCAGGGCUACACGGUGGACAAGAGGGAGGGCUACCCGCUGAGGCCAGAGCUCAUAGAGAGUGCGAUGUACCUGUUCAGGGCGACAGGUGACCACACCUACCUGCAGUUUGGCCUCGACGUCCUGGAGUCUAUAGAGAAGAUCACCAAGACGCCGUGUGGAUACGCCAGUGUGAAAGACCUGCGAGAUCACCAGCUGGACAACAGGAUGGAGUCUUUCUUCCUGGCCGAAACCAUAAAGUACCUCUACCUGCUGUUUGACCCCGCCCACUUCCUGCACGGCGGCGAGGACGAGGGGGCGGGGUCCUGGGAGGAGGGCGGGGAGGGGGGGCAGUGUGUUUUAGGGGCCGGGGGCUUCAUCUUCAACACGGAGGCUCACCCGCUGGACCCGGCGGCACUGCACUGCUGCAGCCGCCACACGCAGGAGAGGCAGGAGCUGCACGACCUCCUGCUCAGCCUGUCGCAGCCCGCCAAGCCGGGCGCCGGCCGAGCGCCGCCACCGCCGCCGCUCAAACAGACCGAGGCCCCGCCCCUCAGCCAAUCGGAGAGCAUCGCCCUGAAGCCCGGCGAGCGCAAGGCGGCCCCGGUGCUGUCGUGUCCCGUGCAGCCGUUCAGCGCCCGGCUCUCCGUCCUGGGACAGGUCUUCUCCGACGACACCUGACGUCCGGGUCGGCUCGCCGUCCCGGCACGAUGACUGAAGCGGGGUCCGGGCCCGGCUCGCCGCUCUGGGCUCGAGUCUGAUCGGCUGCUGGGUCGUCCCGCUCUGAAGGUCUCCUCUCCGCCUCGGGGACAGAAACAGCCUCGCUCUCUCGCUGACGGCGGUUUGGAGGCGGUUUCACGAUGAUCGAUCGCGGGGUCGGUUCCCAGAGCAGCUUGUCGACUUUCAGCUGAAAUGAAAACACACAAAAAAAGGACAGAAACGGCGUUAAGGGGUUUUCACGUCAGCUGUACAGAGCUCGCAGCUGGAAAUCCGUCUGAAGUGAAAGUGAGGAAAUCAGAAGGUCUCAGCAGCUUCAGAUGUGCUGCGUUUUUAUAAAAUGUGGCAGACAGUCAGAGCACACACCGCCGACUCUGCAGGUUCUGCUGUCCUGUUACUCAUUCUGAUGUAGAUGAGGUGACUGUAAUUCAUUUAAAGCUAAAAUGUUUAAAGUGAAUCAUCCGGCCCCUCCAGCUGUCCUUUGUGUUGAUGAUGUCAUCAGCCUCCACAGCCAAUCUGACGCUGACGUUGGCUUCCUGAACACUUCGCUUUACUCUUCUUCCCCCGAAAAUAUCCCAGCAUCACAGAGGAGAUCAUUCCUGGCAAACAGGAGGAUCAUGAAGUAAAUUAUAACCUGCAUCUUGAUUCGUUCACACUGAAAAAAGUUUAUUUUGGUAGCUUUAAAAAGUGCCAGAUUGUUUGGUGCUGAUGUUUCCUCUCUUUGAUGUUUGUGAUAUUAUUAUUUUUUUUUUCAUAGGAGGGAAAAUGAAUCAUCAUCCUCAUCAUCAUUGUCUCAGUUAAAAUGACCUCUGACCUCAACUCAGAACCUCUGUCGACUUUGUCUCUAAUUUAAAUUGAAAGUAAAAUAUUGUAUUUAUUAAAAAAAAAA